GUUACUUCAAAAAGUGGAAUGAGUUGCACAAAGUUUUUGUACUGUUCGAUAAGCAUGGCAGACAUAAGCCUGUUUUGAGAAAUAAAACAUACGGCAAUUUAAGAAGAAUAUGGCCGUAUACUUACACCGGGAACGUUCGAGUAGCUAAGUUUCAAAAAAUCAUAUUGAAGAACCAAGCAUUAUAUGCACUAGACCCAACAUGUCUUUCACAAUUAUCCAUUUCAAUGAUGUGUACAACAUAGAGCCACAGUCUGAGGAGCCACUAGGGGGAGCUGCUCGUUUUGCAGGAUAUGUGGCCAUGUGUAAAGAACAGCAUCCUUUAGUCCUCUUCAGUGGUGAUGUGCUCAACCCAUCGCUCAUGAGCAUCUUCUUGAAAGGAGAACAGAUGCUGCCAGUCCUCAAUGGUGUGGGCGUCAACUGUGCUGUCUAUGGUAACCAUGACUUUGAUUUUGGUGUUGACCAUUUAGAAGAUUUUGCUGAGCAAUCAUCAUUUCCAUGGUUACUUAGCAAUGUCAAAGACAAUCUGGCAGAGGAACCACUGGCUUUGGGAGAAAUAGCGCACAGCUUGGUGUGGAAUGAUAUAAAGAUUGGCUUUGUUGGUUUGGUGGAAGAGGAGUGGAUAGAGACGCUGGCCACUCUCGACCCCGAGGAUGUAACAUACCUAGACUUCGUCACCGAGGGUCAGAGGCUAGCCAACCUCCUCAAGAAAGAGCAAGGCUGUGAAAUAGUAAUAGCACUGACCCACAUGCGAUGGCCAAAUGACCGUCGGCUGGCAGAAAUGGUUCCGGAGAUUGACAUCAUCUUGGGAGGCCAUGACCACGACUACGGACUAGAGAAGGUCAACAACACAUACAUUGUGAAGAGUGGUACUGACUUCAGGAAUCUCAGCAACAUCAAGGUGACGAGGACUGGCGAUGGGUGGGAGUUCGACAUCCAGAGAGUGGACCUAGACUCUAGUAUACCUGAAGAUCCUCUCAUGAAGGAGAUUGUGGACAGUAAACUAGAGGCUGUGGGAUCCAAGAUGGACGAAGUGCUGGGGGAGAUGGCUGUAGAGAUGGAUGGCAGAUUCAGCUGUAUACGAACCCAGGAGACAAAUCUAGGUAAUUUUGCGAUGGACAUCAUGCUGACAGCAACCAAGGCUGAAAUAGCAUUGCUCAACUCAGGGACGUUCAGAUCGGACAAAAUACAUCCAAAGGGAAUCUUCAAGAUCAGGGAUCUUCUCACCAUAUUGCCUCUCGUUGAUCCAUUGGUGGUCCUUAAAGUCACAGGAUCCCAGCUCCAUCAGGCUCUAGAGAAUGGGGUGUCCAAAUACCCCAAACUGGAGGGUCGCUUCCCCCAGGUGUCGGGGAUGGUGUAUGGAUUUGACCCAAGCAAACCUCCAGGGAGCCGUGUAGAUUCCCACGUGAUGAAUGUGCAAGGGGAAUACCUCGACCUGGAUAAGGAGUACACACUGUGUACCAAAGAGUACAUCGCUAUGGGGAAAGAUGGCUAUGAUGUAUUGAAGAAUUGUGAGAUUGUGGUGUCAGCCGAGCAGUGCCAGUCUCUAUCGACGACCGUCAACAACCACUUUGACUCAGUGAAGAUCCAUAGGGGGCAGAAACCAUGCAAGUCCGGGCACAGACAGAGUUUGUUGUGUCUAGCUCGGAAAACCAGCAUGGUGAGACAGGCUAGCAUGGACCAGGUAGACAGACCCUAUCCCCUGGUGAGACAGCAGAGCAUCCAUGAGGCGGAGGCUGAACAGUGCUACCUGGCCCCUAAAGUUGACGGCCGAAUCUUCCAGUACAACGACGAGAAACUGAAGUUGAUGUUGGCACUGAAGCCACAGUUUAGCAAGAUGCUCAGGAAAGUGUCUGAGGAACCCACUGUGGAGAUGGAGGAAGAGGAAAACUGAAGAAAAUUAGGACCACUGCAAGAUCAGAUUUCCAAGUUUUAUUACUUUUUUAGCUUGCCUUCCUGAAGUCACACAAAACCUGGUUUUACAAUCAAUGUUAAUGACUUUAGUUAAAAAUCAUUCCACUGCUUUUGCAAGAUAUAAGAAUGCCAAAUAUCACAUCUACCUCAGGCCACAAGACAAUUAUUGGUAACUUUCCUGAGAGUGAUCAGUUGGUGAGUACAGUUGUAGCACCAUUGUGAUGGGUAUUUACUUAUUUUUAUGCUUCCCAAGUGAAAAGUACAUAUAAAAAUUGUGAUACUGCUACAGUGAAGUUAUCUUGCCAGUAUGAUUCAAUCUGCCAUUGUAAACGAAUCAAAACAAAUUGAAAAUAAUAGAAGAUAGCUGUUUGAUUGAGCUGGUGUUGUUAGCCAUGUGAUAUUCAUUCACUCAUAAACAGCACCCAGCUUUUUGCUUUGUUGAAGGGUGCAAGAGACAUGUUCUCUCCAUGAGAAAUCAAUGUGCAGCUUGUGCUUCCUUGGUGGCAGGGUAUAAGAGAUGUAUUCUCCAGCUCUGAACUUUAUUCCCUCCCAAGAAGACUACAUAGCGUCUUUGAAUGGCAUUUAGAAAUGAUAAACAUAAAAGAUGAGAAUUGAUAGAUAACUUCUAUAUUAUCAUACAUACAUACAGUGUAUGAAAUAAGGCCCAUCCUGACCACCCGAGAUGGUCUAGAUUUCUGACGGAUGGU